AGGAAUUCAGCACGACACCAUGGCAGAUGGGAACGAGUUGGACUCGUUGAUGAACCUCAAUGCAAACGAGCAUGACGACGAUAUACCCUUGAGCCCCCUAGAUGGCAGUGAUAAUGGGUUAGGGCCCACAGAUGAUCAGGAUGAGAGUAGCUUACCCCUGCCUCCGGGCUUUCCAGGGCUGUUGCACGGGCAUCAGCCCCAAGGUGGGGUGGAGACUGAGAUUGACAUGCAAUUCCGCGACUUGGAUUAUAUAUCUCAGCAAUCGUAUGAUGUUGGUCCGGCCUAUGAUGAGGAUGCGAUGCGAUUACAGGUACAGGUGGAGGGUGGUCAGGGCCAACAUAUUGAGCAUCAGAGCAGUCAUCCUCAGGGACAGCCGCUGGAUAUAGAGCACGCGCAUACUUAUCACGAACAACAGGAUCACUCGCAUGAAUUGCAGGCGCAAGUGCAUGAGAUCGAUCAGCACAUGACUACUGAUUUAGAAGGACAUCAACAUGGACAUGAUGAGCAUCGACAGCAACAUCAACACCAGCAACAUCAACACCAGCAGCGGCAUGACCAACACCAGCACCAACACCAACACCACGAACAUAUGCAGCACGAUCAACUGUCGCACCAGGCAGAACAUGCGGAGCAUAUGCAGCAAGACCAGCACACACACUUGCCGCAAGAUGUACAUACUCUUAACAGUCAUAUGCUACGUGAUGAAAGUAUGCAGCAAUCGUUUGGCGAUUUAGGUUCGAAAGCUCCCGUGAUAUCAGAGAUGCAUGCUCAAUCGGAACUGGGUGGUGAUCAAACGCAACAGGCGCAGCAAUUUCAACAGCAUCAAACCAUCACGCAACUGCAAUACUCUCAGGCACAUACUCACGAGUAUCAUCAACAACACCAACAGCAACUACAAAUACAACAUGAACAUUUAGAUCAACAACAAGGUCGAGAACGAGAAAUGCAAAGUGAGAUAGACAUGUAUCAAGCACAACAAACGGAUCCACAAGGACAGCAACGCCAACAACAACAGCAGCCUCAGUAUGCGCAUGAACAGCGGAAGGAAGAGCAGAAGCAGCAGCAACAACAAGUUGAAAGCUACCAACAACACCAGGCACCAAAUCACCAUGUGGAGCAUCAACAGCAGCACGACCAGCAGCAAGGCCAGCCAAGCCUACACCAACACCAGCAGCACGAACAGCAGCACGACCAGCAACAUCAACAGCACAAUCACCUAUCCCAGCAGCAACAGAUACAGCUGGCUCAGGAGGCUCUGCAACUCACUGUCCAGAAUGAAGGCCGCAUCGAAUCAUUUGUACAGUUGACGGCCCAUGAACAUUCGCAGGACCUGGGUGUGGGUGGCAGUACGGGCGCACAGUAUGACAGCGCAGCCUUACAAGACCAUUCAGAUGCCACAGAACUUAUCAGAAAAACCCAGAUGCAACACAUGGGCUCCAUGCACGACCAGCUCCUGAAUUUCGCGUUACCCAAUACCGUCGAAUCAUCCGGUCAACAGAUCAAUCAUCAACACGCUGCGCAGGCGCAUCUCAACGAGCCAGCCCUGAGCGCCCCAGGCUCCAAUUUGGAGCUCAUGCCUAGUUUACACGCCAGUCAUAAUAAUGUUGUACAGCCACCACUUGAGCCCAUGGAUUCAAAUGCCUCGGAUAUCUUCGAUGUAGGUGUCGGUAUGAGUGCGAGUGCGGCAGAUCAUCGUCCACAGGACUUGUCAAAUCAGAGUGUAAUACAAAACUCGCAACUCAAUCGCGACCAGCAACAGCAGCAGCAACAGCAUCAACAGCAACAAGGUGGAUAUCAAGAACAUGAUACCCUAGCACACUCACAGCAGCCACCCGAUCUUCAAGCACAGGUGCACGCGCAAGGUCCAUCACAGGGACUACCACAUGCGCAAAUCCAACCACAGCCUAAUGUACACCUUCAACACCCUGGCCCAGCACCCUCACACAGUGCGAGUUCCGUGGUGGUAUACGACACGGCCACCAGUGUCAACCCCGACUUCCAGGCACAGUCGCUGCUGGGUGAUUCGUACAAUCAACAAGCAAUGGAGCAGCACUCGCAUCUGCAACACCCCCUACAGCACCAGUCUAUGCAGUUCCUGCCCAUUGCGAUGCCCCCUCCUGCGCCGCCGGUGAAGCCCAGGGCACCGAAGAAGAAAUACGUAUCACUCACAAUGUCGCAGAAACAGCAGUUGAUAGCCGACGCUGAGGCGCAGGGGUUCGUUGUGGGAAGUGAAAUCAGCAAACAGAUGUGCAACCAGAAAGAACUGUCGCAGAAGUACAAUGUGUCGGCCAAGACCGUGUUCCGCGCGCUCAACCAGGCGGGUAGCAUCAUUAUCCGCAGCAACACGGGCAAGGGCACCUCACGCAGGCAGCGUAGGGGCAAAUGGCCCCAAUUGGAUGCGUACAUGGCAGAGUGGGUGGUGCAACGCAGAGCUAAACAGCCGGUGGUGCGUAUCUCACUCAACAGCAUACAGAACGAAGCCGCAGACUACGCCCGAUUGCACGGCAUCGACAAGUUCUCUGCGAGCCACGGGUGGGUGGAGGGGUUCAAGAACCGCAUGGGCAUGAAGGACCUCUUCAGUUCAGACCCGCAGCCCUACCCACAGAUACCUCCCGCGACACCUGCGGUACCACGGGCCAAUGCCGACAACCGCCAGCUCGCAUUGAUUGCGGCUGAUGCUACGGCACACCCGUCUACUGCAGAGUCACAGACUUCGUUUGUGGGUACCGAUGCGCAUGCGUCCGCGCACACGCACUUGCUGGCAUUCCAGCAACAAGCGCCCUAUGACUAUACCCAGCAGCAGCAGCAGCAACCACAGGCUCCGCUGUCAUACAACCAGGACGGUCUCGAGAAUGAGAACAACCUGCAAGGACUCGGCUCGGCUCAACAGUCUGCGCCACCGCAAGACCAGCCACACCAGUACGGACAACCACACGAACCACCAGAGCAAUACGCACACAUGCAAAGCUACCCAACGCAACAGCAAUAUGUACAAUCCCCUCUCGAGCAGCCACCUCAGUACACUCGAGCGCAUAUGCAGACCGAUGAAACGCAGCCGUAUGUGCAACCGAAGUCAGAACAUAUCCAACAACUCACCCAGGCGCCUCUCGAGCAACCUGACCAAUAUAGACCGCCACAAACGGGAGAGACACCACAACAGCAGCCGCCUCAGUCAGAUCCAACCCCGCAAUCUACCUCACACCCGACUACUGAGACUCAGUACACAGGGCCAACUAGUGAAGGAACUCAGCAAUAUACACAAUCGCACACAGACCACACGGCACAGUACGUACAAGCACCGUCGCAGCAAGACAGUCAACCACUUAGCAAUGAUAUGCUGCAUCAGCAGCAAUCGACGAAUCUUCAGCAGACCCAAGAGGGACCGCAGGAGGAACAGCAUAGUCAAGAGGGCCUUCAACAGACCCAAUACCACACGCCACUGGCAUCCGAUUUUUAUUCCGCACACGAUUUACGGCAUCAGUACACAUCACCACAAAUGGCUGAGGGCGCCCAACCGCAGGAUAAUUACCAGGCGCAUGACGUACCUCGGCAAUCUAUGUGUACACCCGACAACGCCAUAGAAUCAACGAUGGAAGUACAGCAGACGCUGCCUAACUCGCAACAUGAACAUCACACGCCGAUAACGGAGCGGGCAAACUUCACGCUACCAGAUCAUCAGGGUAAGCAAUCAACGUACGGUGUAGUGAACUCGGCUGAGUUAGAGAGCCAGAUGCAUAACGAGGUACCGGCCACACAAGUCAACGAGCCACUCAAUACCCAGCAGCUACCACACUUGUCACACGACCAACCCCAUGCAGAGCAGUUGUACUACUUCGUGCAGGCACAGCCACUGACACAGCAGCAAGAAGAUCACUCACAAGACAAGCACCUACAGCAGACUGACGGACAACGCGGGCAUGAGGAGAGUAUGGGACAAUCAGAUCUACAAUACGACCACCUAGAGCACGGGCGCCAGCAAGAACAGAAACUGCAGGAGCACUACAUGGCGCAACAGAAUGGGCAAGUGCAAGAACAAAGCAAUAUAACUGGCCAAUUACUGUUGCAAGAGGAGGCCGGAACGGCUCAUAGUCCGCAAAUAGAACAACAACCCGAGCACCGGUCACCCGACCAACACUGCCCCGACGAAUCACAACAGGAGCAGCUUCACAACGAGUUCGAAUUCGAGGCCCGAGACCAUCUCCAGCGCGUGCAGGGACAGGAAAGCCUUCAGUACACCAGUGAUGAACCGCAGUAUAGUGCGUUUGCAGACUCUCACCAGGAUGUAAGCCACCUCAUCGACCUGCACGAUCAGGUGACGUCGCUCAGCGGACAUUCGGACGACCGGAACGGUAUGUCUGAGCAACAGGACCAAGCCCUAAGAACGCCACGAGAACCGGAGCUCAGUACUCCGCCUUUACGGCAAGAUUAUUCGCUGGCGCUGGCGCUGGAUGGGCCUGUUUGACGCUGACGUGGUGCAUUAUACCGGGCUGCAAUAUAGAAUUAGAAUUAGAUACGAUAGAGUAGAUAUGCUCGCACUUGGGGG